AAAUUUCCCUCCGUCACCCUAAUCUCUUGACCACUGAAGACAUUUGCAUUUAACAGUUGCUGCACGUUUUCAUCCUCUCGUUGCUCAGCUUAUUCUGUUAGGAGAUAUGGCAUCGGCAUCAGGCAACGGUACUCGUCAUGAGAAUUCUUACCUUGCAACUGUAGGGAUAGACUUUGGUACAACCUACAGUGGGUUUGCCUUCUCAUUCAACAAAGGCGAAGGUGGAGAAGCGAUUUUUAUGAACAGAGACUGGGUCAAUGAACAGGGCCAUCGAACCAGCAAGACACCAACAUGUCUGCUUCUUAAACCAGACUUGUCAUUUGACUCGUUUGGUUACUCAGCGAUGGAGAGAUACUCCGGUUUAAAAAGUGCAUACGAAGAAAAAGAAUACUUCUUUUUCCAACAUUUUAAGAUGGAGCUGCACAACGAAGAGAACAUUGACCUGCAAGCUACCAUCCCUGAUGCCAGAUAUAAACGCGUGAAGGCAAAGACAGUGUUUGCUUACGCCAUACGGUUUCUGCGAGAUGAGGCGAUUAAUUUCAUUCGCCAGGAAACUAAAGAUCAGAGUUUCAAGGUUGAGGAUGUUUUGUGGGUUCUGACUGUACCAGCCAUAUGGAGUCCAAAAGCAAAACAGUUCAUGAGAGAAGCAGCCUAUGAGGCUGGUCUCGUCUGUCGUGAUCAUCCGGAGCAGUUAGUUAUUGCUUUAGAACCUGAAGCGGCGGCGAUAUUCUGCACUGAGAGAAAAAUGGACGCGAUACUAUCAGAGAAACUUGAUGUAUCGAUGGAUGGACUAUUGUCCCAACUGAAUGCACAGUAUAUGGUUGUUGACAUCGGAGGAGGUACUCUCGACGUCACCGUUCAUGAAAAGCAAGAUGACGGUACAAUUAAGGAAAUCCAUAAAGUGACAGGUGGGCCCUAUGGCGGAAACAAGGUGAAUCACCAGUUCGAAGGUCUUCUGGAUGAGCUAUUUGGUGCCGAAAAACUGUUUGAGUACCGUAAACUAUUUCCUAUCGACUGGCUUCACUUGAAAAACGAUUUCGAAGAAAAAAAACGCGGACUGCGUUCCCAACAAAAGAAAGAGACCCGAAUUCGUCUGCCGUAUAGUUUUGUUUCGACCGUUAAUGAAUUUCUGCCUCAUUCUCUAGCCCGUUAUGACGAGGGUGAAAUUCAAUUGCAGAGGAACGAAUACCUCUGCCUCGGCCCGAGUGUGAUGACGAAACAGUUUGAACCUGUUUUGGAAGCGAUGAAAGAUCAUUUGGAUGUCUUGCUGAGCCAACCUAAGCUUUCAAAAGUGAGGGUAAUGCUACUUGUUGGAGGAUUUGCAGAAUCUCCCAUUCUUCAGCAGAAAAUAGUGGAAAAGUUUAACAGCAGAUGCCGUGUAAUUGUACCACGUGACGCGGCCAAAGCAGUGGUUCAGGGUGCCGUGAUGUUUGGUCAGCUUCCCGAUAGAAUUUCCCAAAGGGUUAUGUCUACAACAUACGGCUGUGCCUGCUGCCGAGAUUUCAUCCGAGGUGUACAUCCAAACGAAAAGAAAUUAAUGGCAGAUGGCGUAGAAAAAUGCCGUGACUUAUUCGCUUGUUUCGUUAAGGAAGAUGAAGUGGUGACCCUUGGUCAAAGAAUCCGGCAAGUCUUUCAUCCAGUAUAUGCUAACCAAACAGAGGUACCCUUUGAAUUUUACACCUCAAACAACGUCGACGCACAGUUUGUUACCGAACCAGGCUUGACUAAGAUUGGAAACCUGGUUGUUCAUUCUCCUGUUACCAGUAGUGGUCGUGACAGAGAAAUCGAGGUCAGCUUAUACUUCGGUGGUACCGAAAUAACGGCUACAGCUUUAGAUGUUUCAAGUGGGAAAGUAAAACAAACUACUCUUGACUUUUUCCCUAAGUCUGAAAAGAUUGAAAAGUAACAUGUCCUGUUAUGGCUUAUAUCUUUGAAGGACUACUUGUUAAAAGUUAAUCAGCGACACACAUUCUGUCUGAGCGUAUAAUAUUUAAAAUUGAAGUAGCCACUGUAAUUAUUAACCAAAUAUAAAUAUGACAAAAGCAAUACUCAAAAAAGCAUGAAAAAAGAAAAAAAAAUCAAAUUACAUGCAUAAAAAGGAAUCAGAACAAUAAAAAAAUGUAGGCAUAACGACUGAAACAAACAACAAACAAAAAGCAAGGUGGUUAAAAGGCCUUUAGCUGGCCCCAAAACUGUAACAUAUAUAGGAGUAGAAGUACUGUUUGUCUUAUUAUUGAAAUUCCCACUUUUAUAAACCUUCAUUUAGACUUGAAAUACACAUAAUUAACUU